AUGAGCAACGACAUGUGCGCAGGGGUACCUCGUGUACCCGCAAGGGGCGAGGAUAUGGCGCAGGGUGGCGAAGGGUGCGAUGAGGGCUCGGCAACGCGUCCCAUUGCGGUGCGGACAGGUUUUCUUCCACGGCCUGGUAGUAGAUAUGCAAGCACCGCUUCGCGGCAACAGCAGCAGCUUCUCGAGCUUGCAACUAUGCCUCAGUACCCGUUUCCACCGCUGAACAGAGCCACCACGGCGCCAGAGGAUGAGAUUCAGAGGUCGGCGUUCGGUCGAAACACGGAGGAGGACGAGGAGACGGACGCCGAUGAUGAGAUUGGAGAAGAGGAUGGGGACGGCCGCUGCGGGUACGUGAUGCAAAGUGACCCGCUUCGUGUCUCGCUGGAUUUAGCGCAAGUAAGAAAGGUGGCAUCGCUCGCAAGGACGGCGGCGACUGUCGCGGCAGAUAGCGAUGGUGCCGUGCAACAAGCGGAAGAGGCGGAAGCAAUACUCACGGGUGCCCAGGAGGGGAGUGCGUCGCAUUGCCACGCGCAGCUAGAUGACACGAAUACCUGCAGUCUUGAAGCAGAAUGUGACGUGCGCGAAGUCUCGAAAGCACGCGCUCGCUUGGAGAAACGAGGAUGGGACGAUAUUCAUCGGCGCGCGAUGCAAGCGGCUACCACACCUACACCACCAUCGGAGCUUCUCCUCGACCUCCUUCAGCAUCUCCCCAGCGCGCCGGGACGUGCGAUUUACGACCGAAGCAACUGCCCACCCACCACCGUGGCUAGCGGCUUCAACGAAGACUUUCACAAGUGCGUGCAGAAGCUCAUGACACACAUAGUACUGCAGCGCGAUGGCCGCACCGGCAAUGCAGAACCACCCUCCAUCCCCGUUGCUGGUGCAGCGGUGGCGCAGCAAGUCAACGCCUCCCCUGGCCCUCGCGGCAGCACGCAACGAAAGGGUGCAAGGCAAAACCCAAAGGUGGCUGAGACCGAGCAGCUUGCUGAAGUCGUCGAGAGAGGUAUUGCACCCGAUGUGCGCGAUGUGGUAGCCUACGCCCAAUUCGUCAUGCAAGAGCGGCUGCACCAAGAGCAGCGGAAGAAGUCAAAUUAUCGCUCGACACUUUUGAGGACGGCAGUCGGAGAGUCGGAAGAGGACCGCUGCGCUGAGGAUGGGGUACGCGCUAACGUCGACGUGCUGACCUCCGAUCAGCACCAACAGCUUGCUAAGCUGCGAGCGGUGGUUGAGAAGAAGCUCAGCCUUAUGCGCACUGCUGCGGAAGCAACGGACGAAGUAGGCGAGGCCGAGAGGGAGGCCCUGCGCACGCAGCGCACAAAUAAGAAGAGGGGAAACGAGGACGGCUCAAACGAGAUGCUACUCCCUAAUGAUGUGACUCCGCAGGAACCCAAGGCAGUGCUUGUCGCGGCUCACACACGAUUCAUGGACGUCGUGCGCAGCGCUGCAGCGAGCCGCCGCGAGAAAGUAGAAGCAACCCAGGCUGCAGAACAACGGCUGGAGGCCGCUGUGGCCACGUGGAGGAAGUCCUACGACACGCUGCUGACGCGCGAGCGGCAUCGUCGCCAAGCCGGGCAGAGACAAGACAAGCAGUCACGGGCAGAGGCACUGCUUCAGGCACUGCAGCUGCAGCAGGUAAAUCCCCAGAAGGUGCAACGCCAUCAACCCCCAGCUGACCUGUGGGGGAUGGCGAAGGGGAUGCGCAAAAAAGAGCGCAAGCACCUAAACAAGCUUGUCAAGGCGGCGGCUAAUGCAUUCCCCCUCCCACCCUUCAAGUAA